CUUGAGGGAGAGAGCUGGGGUUAUAGGACAGCAUUCUUUGUGUCGGGGCUGCAGUUCUUCCACGGCUCAGCGGCUUCACUUUACUCCACUUACAACUUCUGCUCAGCUCCUCACUCUGUGGCAGCAGCUCAACUGUCCCCAGAUCAGCCAGGCUUCUCUUCAACUUGUGCACUCUCUGGAGAGUUCUGCAACUCUGCCGCCAUAAUGGAGUCUGCUACGGUGGAGCUGCCGUCCCUGUUGUCCAAUCAGACGUCUGCUCAGAGCUGCGCCCCGGUGGAGAUGACGGCAGAGAACACCCUGUUUGGAUGCUUCUACAUCCUGGUUUUCUUUCUGGCGCUGAACGGUAACAGUCUUGCUCUCUGGAUCUUCUCCCACCAGCGAGGCACUUCCUCUCCAGCGAAUGUCUUCUUGAUCCACCUGGCUGUGGCCGACUUGUCAUAUGUGAUCAUUCUUCCGCUCAGGGCCACGUAUCACCUCACUGGGGGCCACUGGCCCUUUGGGGAGGUGCCCUGCAGAGUGGCAGGCUUUUUGUUUUAUGUCAACAUGUACGCCAGUCUGUACUUCCUGGCCUGUGUUGCAGGGGAUCGGUACCUCGCUGUUGUUCACGCUGUGAGGUCACUGAAGGUCAGACGUGCUCGCUACGCUCACAUCAUCAGCUUCUCCCUCUGGGCGUUGGUUACUAUCUCGAUGGCGCCCCUGCUGGUCACCCGUCAGACUGCAGAGGUGGACGGCGUGACAGUGUGUUUACAGCUGUACAGAGAGAAGGCGUCUCGUAACGCACUAAUCUCAUUGGCUGUAGCCUUCACCCCGCCUUUCCUCGCCACCCUGACCUGUUACCUGCUCAUCAUUCACAGCCUGCAUCGAGGCUCCAGGCUCGAACCGACUCUGAAACUCAGAGCUCUGCGCACCAUCGGCCUCGUCCUGCUCAUCUACGUGGUGUGUUUCCUCCCGUAUCAUGUGAGCAGAGCCACCUUCAUUCUGGGCUACAACCACCCUGACGUGUCCUGUCAGACCCGCAGAGGCCUCAGCUUGGCCAACCGCCUCACCUCCUCCCUCACCUGUCUGAACGGGGCCAUGGACCCUCUGGUCUACCUGUUCGGGGCUGAGAAGUUCCGUGGCACCCUGACCCGACUGUUCUGCAAAGACAAGGGGGGGAUGUCGGCAGCCACCAGCGGAGAGUUAAAGGGAACACACGAGAGCUCGAUGAGCGCCAAAUCUGAGUUUUAGACAAAUGUGAACUAAAAUGCAGACUCAACACAACCAAAACUGGACGGACUGUCAGAUGAUGCUUUCCUUUUCACAACUGAAGGCUGGGGCUCAUUUUGCAGUGUUUUCAGUUGGUGCUGCUGAGUUUACCUCUCAUUUUUGGCCCUCAUAUUGUUCACUUAAUGAAUAUAAUUACUUGAGGACUAGUAUCCACAUUUGGGAUAUGAUGUUUACACGAACGACAGAGAAAUCUGCUUAUGAUAAAUAAUAGGCUACGUUCAGACAGCAGGUCUUAAUGCACAAUUUAGAUUUUUUGGUGAAAUCCGAUUUUUGGGGUGUUCUUU